AUGUACGACGAAUACGACGAAGAAGCGACAAAUUGGGAGACGCCGGAAGGAAUUGCCGAGCAGAAAGAAAUUGCAGAGAAAAUCGAAACUGUAAGCCUGAAAAAUAGAAAAAAACAUCUAAAAUUCGUUCAGGUAAUGAAAAGUUACAAAAAGUACGCGCCGGAUACGGAUCUAUUGAGGAGUUUGCUCGCACAAAAGUGCGAUUUCAUCUUUUACGAGUUCUACAGCGGAAACAUUGCCAGAGAGUUGGUUUUUUCCGCGAAUGUUUUCAAAGUAUUCAAUUUUUUCACUUUUUCAGCAUGUCCGAACGUUUCCAAGCGGGAAUCACGCAGCGAAACGAGGAGGCGAACCGAGAUUAUAUGUGCUUCCUGCGAAAACUAUACAGUCUGUUCACCGAGAAGCACAAGGCGCUGUUCGCGCAGCUGCUGCUCGGCCAGUGGCAAAAGUUCAACACCGACUACACGCCGUACUUUGAGAGCAUCUGCCGGGUACGCUCUCGGCGAACGGUCUCUCAAAACCGUCGAAUAGUUGCAGGACUUUGACGACAUUUUGUCGAGCGCGCUGCUGAAGUUGACGGCCGACGAGAACGCGUUGGAAGUGGUCGAUCCGAUCCGCUGGAGCAUCAUCAUCUCGCCGCCCGCCUCCUGCGUCAAAAUGCUCUUCCAGAGCCUCCUCCGCCCCGAAAUAAUGCCAACGGUGCUCGGAAUCUGUCACUCGAUCCCAAUGUAUUUCCACGAGCGCCCGUUGCGAAUGUGGCACACCGAGUUCGAGGUGGACCAGUUGGAGCCAGUCAUGACCGCUGUUUUGCGACGUUUGAUCUUCAAGUGCCGGUCGGAAACGAUGGAGGCCGCGCAGUGGGACAAUCUGGAGACGCUGGCCCUCGCGCUUUGUGAUCCAGUAUGAUUAGUGACCACAAUUCCGAUUAUAAAUUCAUGUUUUUAAUUUCAGAACGCCCCCGAUCCGGGACCUCUGAUGGAUCAUCACUCGGUAUUGACGGUCGUGCUGGCGGAUCUGUACACCCCCAACCGAAUCCCCGCCAAAUCCGUCGAGCUGCUCGUCCGAAUCGCCGCGCGCAUCCUCAACGCCGCCUCCGGAAUGCCAUUCAACAAGCAGUUUGCCGUGUCCCGCCGCGAGCAACCGAAAGAAUCGCUGUUCAUGACGCCCACCAUCAUCCAUCUGAUGCUCCAGCUCAUUCGAGAUUACGCGCAGAGCGAGGAGCGCAUUGUCGCCGCCGCUGUUCAGUGUCUCAAGUCAAUCGGCGCGCGAAUGUCCGAGGUUUUUGCGGUGUUCGACGAGGAGACGCGCGAGCGACUGAUCGGAGAGCUCGCCGAGCUGCCCUGGUGGAUCGAGUACGCCUUUUUCACGUGGUUCUCGUCGGUGCUCAAACCAGAGAGUCGCCGAGUUCCGCACGCCGUCCUCGUGGCGUUGCUCUCGGAAAACGAGCAGUUUGAGGCGAAGCCGGGCACGGAGCACUGCGAUCUGCUCACCUCGCUCGUCGAGUUGGCACUGUUCGACGUGGAUUGUGCGACAGAGCUGCUGCAUGAGUGCUCGCUGAUCAAGAUCGACGGGAAGGUGGUGGAGAGUUUGACGAAGGCGUUGGCGGAGAGUUGCGGAAUGAAAAUGGCGUUGGGCGGCGCGAAUCGACACUUGAUCGGACCGUUCUUUCUCGAUGUUCUGACGGUGAAGGAGAUUCCGGCUGAAAAUGUCGAGCUGGAACUCCAACGUCUUCUCGUGCUCAUUCCCGCGGCUUCAACUCCUCCGCCAACUACUACGGUCGCCAGUGCUUCGCUUCUCGAGGCGACACUCAAUAUUCCAGCUCUCGAUGAGCCGAUCGUCGAGUGUGGAACAUGGCCGAGCACGCCCCGUAAGACUUUUUGCUGAAAGCCAUGAAAAAAUUUCCAAUUUUCAGCACUGAUAAUUCUGGAGACGUCGUUUAGCGAGGAGAUGCGCCUCCGCCGCUGGUACGACCGAGAGACUCGUCGGCGCGCGGCCGAACGCGUACAGGAGCGAAUGGACCGUCUGCAGGCGACGUGGCGCGAGAGCAUCGCGUACAAGCAAUGCGAGGUGAAGACGCAGGCGUGGAUCGACCACAAGACGAAGCGGGCGAAGGAGGAGGAGAUCUACUUCCGACGCCGCGGCUGCCGACGAUCCGUAGACGAAGAGAUGUCGCCGGAGGAGGAGGAGAGCUGCUUCUCGCCGAUCGGAUGGCAAGAGAGGGAGGAGCUCGCCGCGGCGCUCUCCUGA